AUGUCGUCCAUGCUGAUCAGUUCGGCGGCGGGCAAGAAGGCAGCGCCCAAGGGAGCAGUCCGUCGUCGACCAGCAGCCGCGCCUGGCCCAGCAGCGCCUUCGCAGACCACCCCCAGUGCGCCCACCAGUGUCGCUCCCCAGUCGCCACCGCCUACCGAGCCACCCAUUCAGACGCCGACAGUCGAGGAAUCAGCGCCAACAGAGAGAGUCGAGCUAGCGGAGAAAGAGUCACAGCCUACAUCCGAGCUCCAGCGCGAGCAAACGCAGCAAGAUGCUGUCGAACAGCAACCCGAAGCUGAAGCUAUCCACGAUGCGACCCCUGUCCUAGAGAGGGAAGCCACAUGCGUCAUCCAACCUGCGACUGCCCAGGUAGACAUACAGCAAGAGGCAGAUGCUGCAGAGCCGGAGAAGCAAAGAGAAACGCCAAUUGAGCCGGUCUCUGAUCCCAAGCCAACUCAACAGGCCCCAUCGCAGGAGCCAGUUCAGCAACCAGAUCCACAGCAGAGGGCAGUAGAGGACACUGAGCCAACUCCACAUGUUGUGAAGCCGACAUCCGCGCUGCAACCUGCGUCAGCCGUCAAAGCAACCACGAAGAGAAGCCGUGAUGGGGCUUCUGCAUCAACGACAAGCAGACCAGCGAAAAGAGUCAAGAAGAGCUCGGCAAGAAGCAACGCGAAAGUCCAAGCCGAAGUGCAAGCAGAUGACGGCGCAGCAUCAAGUUCAGCGACGACGCCUGCCGAUACUGGCGACGGCAGCGCUACGCCAGCACCUGUCGACACCCGAAGGACACGAGGAAAGCAACCUGCCAAGAAGGUCACAACCACGCGCACGACUAGAUCGAAGACGAAAAGUGCAGCCACUAUCACCAACUCUGAUGAUGAAGACGAGGCCGCUCCGAGUCCAGAAUCGCCUGAAGACGAAAUCUCAUCUGAGACGCCAGCUCCCAAGAAGGCGAAACAGCGACGGAAAAGAAAGCAGGUCAGGAUUGCCGAGAAUACAGAGGUUGAAGGUGACGGUGCAGGCGACAAUGAAAAGGCCGGUGAAAGCGACGGACAGCAGGAGUCAGAAGAGUCGGAUCCUGAGCUACACGAGAUCGAUCCCAGCGCCGAAUCGCUGUUCCAACUGAGUCACGAUACGAGAUAUGGAAAGAUUUCUGAACGAGGCAAAAAGAUGGCGGAAAUCGACUGGGACGAGGUCGCCCAGAAACGGAGAGACGAGGCCGAAGCGAUUGUGGCAAAUCAACCACAGGGGCUUCCCGACGCGGUGGUCCAAUCUGUCGAGGGGCCAGAUGGUGCUGCUGCUGAAACGCAAGCAGGAGAAACGGAACAGGCACCAGCUCAGCAGGCGGCCGGUGCAAAUACUGGUAAUGAAGCUUUCUUAGUGGAUGCUGAUGGCAACAUCGUGCUCGACGAAGCGACCGUACGGCACGAUGCCACAGCGCAGGCCAUGCAAGCAGCAGAGACUGGGGCAGUGGAAGAUGUGAACGAUCUCACUACACACCUCAAUCGCACCACAUGGAUCAACAACAAUCGCCGCGAUCCAAUCGAUCGAGUACCACUUUGGAAAUGGAAGAGCGAUCCAUGGACUGAAGAGGAGACGGACAGAUUCUACGAUGCCUUGGCAAUGUUUGGAAGUGACUUCUUCAUCAUCAGCAAGAUGUUUCCGGGCAAAAAUCGGCGUAUGAUCAAAGCCAAGUUCAACCGAGAGGAGAAGCAGGACUCCAAGCGUGUUGAUAACGCUCUCAUGGGCAAGUCGACGGGAAAACCGAUGGACUUGGAGCACUAUUCGCGAGAGACAGGCAGAGACAUGUCAGUGUUCAUGAGAUACGACAACCUUGAACAUGCUCAGGGAAUUAUCAACGAAUCGAUAAAGGACAAGCACGAGGCGGCGACUGCCGCUGCUCAGCAAGAAGCAGCACUGGCAGAGGAGAAAGCCCAGCGCGAGAAGGAGGAGAAGCUCGAAAAGUCGAAAGCUUCCAAGAAGUCUCGAAAACAGAGAGCAAAGGCUGGCGGUACUUUGGGAGGCGUCCCUGACGAAGACUGA